GCUAAACACCACACCCAGCGCUCAUUCCGUGCUCGUCCACCAAGACCAUGGAUAAGAUCACCGACAAGAUCGCGGCCUUGCCGUCCGACGCCACCUACUUCUCGCUCGAGUUCUUCCCGCCGAAAACGCAACAGGGCUUUGCCAAUCUCAAUGCUCGUCUGUCGCGUAUGGCGCACUCCCUGCGCCCGCUCUUUGUGAAUGUCACUUGGGGCGCUGGCGGCAGCACUUCUGCCAAGUCUCUGGCGUUGGCAGAGGUCACGCAGCGCGAGUUGGGCUUGACGACAUGUCUGCAUUUAACAUGCACGAACAUGUCGCGGAAGCUCAUUGACGAAGCGUUGGAACAGGCAAAAGUGCUGGGGAUCAGAAACAUAUUGGCGCUGCGUGGCGAUCCGCCUAGGAGUGAUGAAUACAGGGACGAUAGUCUUCCCGAUGCGGGCGAGGAUGACAGCAACAAGGACUUCACCUGGGCUGUCGACCUGGUGCGCUACAUCCGUAAGCAGUACGGCGAUUACUUCUGCGUUGGUGUGGCAGGUUAUCCAGAAGGACACUCAGAUCAGUCCCAUCCAGAACACCAGUCUAUCGAACAUGAUCUUCCGUAUCUUGUGGAGAAGACCAAGGCCGGUGCAGAUUUUAUCAUGACACAGCUCUUUUAUGAUGUCAAUGCGUAUCAAAAGUAUGAAAAGCGCCUACGUGAGCACGAGUCGGGCAUCUUCAGGACGAUACCAAUCAUACCAGGCCUCAUGCCUGUGCAGAGCUAUCAGAUCUUUCGUCGAACAACGAAGCUCAGUCAUGCAUCACUACCGCCGGAGAUCCUCCGGCGAUUUGAGGCAGUGAAAGGUGAUGACGAGGCCGUAAAGAGAGUAGGUCUCGAUGUUCUUGGUGAGAUUUUGGACACCAUGAAGCACUCUGAAUUCCCUGGUCCUCGAGGUUUCCACUUCUACACCUUGAACCUGGAGAAGGUUGUCGCGCAGAUUCUCGAACGUAACAGUCUCAUACCUCCUAGUACGCCUACGAUAGGCGCCAACCUGGGUGAUGAGGCCACGACAUUUGACGAAGUGGACGACUUCGUCAUCAUCGCAGAGGCCAAGAAGAAGCAGCAACGCAGACGGUCAUCGAUGGCAAAUUCUGGUCCUCGCAAUCGUGUCAUCAUAUCGAGUGCACGUGAGUCCAGUACGAGUAGCAAUCGGGCUUCCUCCGUUUACGAGACAUUCGACCACGAAGCUGGGGUGCCACGAGAGGCGAUUAACAGCCGCGCCAACACUCUCGCGAUCUCUGAAGGUGAGGGUUCUCUUGGUCGAGAAGCCACCUGGGACGAAUUCCCCAACGGGCGCUGGGGAGAUGCGAGGUCGCCUGCAUAUGGACAGAUCGAUGGCUAUGGUGUGAGUCUACAUGUGAGUGUGCCCGAAGCCAGGAGACUAUGGGGCGAGCCCAAGUCAGUUGCGGAUAUUUCCAAGUCGUUCGCCCGACACCUGGGAGGCGAGAUUGACACGAUGCCUUGGUCUGAGGAAAGUCUGCAGCCGGAGACACUCACUAUCAAGAACGAACUCUUGCAGCUGAUCAACAAGGGUUGGUGGACUGUAGCUUCACAGCCAGCCGUCAAUGGAGUGCCAUCUACAGAUCCCGUCUUUGGUUGGGGCCCGAAAAAUGGCUUUGUGUUUCAGAAGCCGUUUGUGGAGUUCUUCAUUCCCAACGAUGAAUGGCAAAAGCUGCAGUCAAAAUUGUUUGAGCACCCUCAGAUCACAUACUUCGCUGGCAACGCCAAGAGCGACUUCGCCAGCAACAACGCCGAGUCUGUGAAUCCAGUCACAUGGGGCACAUUUGCUGGGAAGGAGAUCAUCACACCCACGAUGAUUGAAGCAGUAUCGUUCCGGGCAUGGUGCGAAGAGGCGUUUGGCAUUUGGAGUGAAUGGCAGAGGAUUUACAAGCCGGGCUCAGAAAGCAGUAGGCUUCUCGAACGCAUCCGCAAAGAUUAUUGGCUUGUGAGCGUGAUUCAUCAUGGGUACUUGGAGGAUGGUGCUCUGUGGAGAGAUUUACUUGAAGACGGAAGCAGCGUUGAAUAAGAGUGUCUUGAUCUACUGUAUGAGUAGGUAGUCUCGAGACACAUUUAUGCAUUCGUC